AUGGCUGUGCCGCGCCGGGCUCCCGCAUCCUGGCCUCCCCUCUCCACGGCCGCGUGUGCCCGGGCACCCCGGAGCUGCAAACUGCAGCGCCCAGGCAACCGCUGGGCUUUGCGCCCCACCGGCGCCGGUAGGAGCCGCGCUCCCCGCAGCGGUUGCGCUCUACCCGGAGGCGCUGGGCGGCUGUGGGCCGCAGGCAAGCGGUCGGGUGGGGAGGGAGGGCGCAGGCGGCGGGUGCGCGAGGAGAGAGCCCCAGCCCUGGCAGCCCUACUGGCCCCCCUCAGCUGGGAUGUUCCCCAAUGGCACCGCCUCCUCUCCUUCCUCCUCUCCUAGCCCCAGCCCCGGCAGCUGC